UUCUGCCAGGUGUGGUGGCUCCCUAUACAUAGCUAAAAGGUAACCUCCGAGGAGCCGGACGACCAUGACCGUGAGCAUCACGGCACAUGCAUUCAAGAAUCAGCACUGCUGGGAAAUGUGUCGCUCCUAUAAAUUCGCCUGGCGAAGAUAUGGUAGUGUCCAUUCUAGCAGCUACCCUCCGUUGCUUUCCUCUCUCGACACGCCGUUGGUGGAUAUAGUUGAGCAGACGAAAUAAUGUUACAUGAGAAGACCACCAGUUCUCCGGACGUUCAGCCUGGUUUGUCCCCUCCAAGGUCCGAUACUAUUACGGGAGAUCAGGAGCUGCAUGUGAGAUCAUCUCAAGGCAUUACUGACAAGUAUGCCAAAUAUGUUGGUGGGACCCCUGAUGGAGGGCUCAAGGCCUGGUCGGUUAUUGUGGCGUCGAUGCUGACGACGUUUUGCAGUUUGGGGUAUGUCAAUAGUACGUGGGGUAUCUUUCAAGAUUAUUAUGAGCAUGUUCUUCUACCCGACGAAAGUCCAUCUACUAUAGCAUGGAUAGGAUCAGUACAGAUCGCAUUCAUCUUUCUUCCUGGGCUCAUAACAGGACGAUUGUUCGACUUGGGUCAUUUUAAGAUUCCAUAUUUCGCCGCUAGUUGUGGGCUUAUAGUGUGCACGUUCCUCACAGCAGAAUGCAAGCAUUAUUGGCAAUUUUUCCUCGUACAGGGCUUCUUCACGGGCUUGUUCAGUGGGAUUAUCUACGCGCCAGCCGUUAGCGUCGUAUCUCAUUGGUUUUCCAAGAAAAAAGGGAUGGCCCUUGGCAUUGUGUCCAUCGGCUCUUCGCUCGGGGGAAUAUUGUUCCCCAUCACAGGCCAAAACCUUCUACCCCUUGUAGGGUUCAAGUGGACCGUUCGCACAUUCGGACUUAUGAUGCUCGUCGCCCUCGGGAUUGCCAAUCUUACUAUAGAUAGACGACUGCCCCCUGCAAACGUCCAGGAUGGACUCCUCAACUUGACCGCAUUUCGAAACCCAGCAUAUACCAUCUACUGUAUUUCUGGGAUGGCUUGUUUCCUCGGACUAUAUACCGCAUUGACUUAUUUAUCCCUCAGUGCUGCGGCGGUGGGCGUAUCGACCAACUUUUCAUUCUACCUGGUGGCAAUUGCGAAUGCAGCAUCUGGAUUUGGGCGAUUAUCGGCCGGCCUUCUUGCUGAUCAGAUCGGUCCUCUCAAUGCCAUGAUACCAUUUACAAGUCUUGCCGGUAUUCUCACAUUCUCUUGGCCAUAUGCUUCGAGCCAAAGGGAGCUGAUUGCAAUAUCGCUGAUAUACGGGUUCGCUUCUGGAACAUAUGUCUCCCUCUUCGUCGCUCCCCCUAUGGCAAUGGGCGAUGUGGGCGACGUGGGACGACGGAUGGGGAUGUUUAUGACUAUUGCAGCACUCGGUAUGUUGGCAGGGCCGCCGAUUUCGGGCGCGAUCAUUGCUCGGACCGGGGGGUUCAAAGAUCCAGGGUUCUACGCAGGCGGCAUUGUCAUGUUUUCAGUUCUGUUGCUCUUCGUGGUGCGAUAUCUCCACCUUGGACAGUUGUGCGGGAAGUGUUAGUGUCCUAUGAGCGUCGCAACUUGCAGCGCUCGACGAAUGUACACGAAGCAAGGCCUCCAGGCCGAUUUGUUGCAAAGAUUAACUGACUGCGUCUAACAAUACUUAAUCUUAUGGCUCGAGUGCCAUCGUGCUUGAAUCUGAGCGCUUGAGCUCCCAUAGCUAAUGCAUG